CUUUCCCACCGCACGCUUCCUCCUAUCUCGGCGCCGAUGGCUUCUUCUUCCUUCCUCUUCCCCUUGCUCGCCGUCUUCCUCCUCCUCGUCGCCGCUUCGGCUGCGAUUGGAGACAUCGGCGUCGACGGCGAUGAUCCUGUCAUCCGGCAGGUGACGGACGACCACGUCCUGAACGCGGAGCACCACUUCUCUUCCUUCGUCCGCCGCUUCGGGAAGACAUACUCCGGCCCCGAGGAGCACGCCUACCGCUUCUCUGUCUUCAAGUCCAACCUCCGCCGGGCCCGCCGGCACCAGCUGCUCGACCCCACGGCCGUCCACGGGGUCACGCAGUUCUCCGACCUCACGGAGGAAGAGUUCCAGAAGAGGUACCUUGGUCUCCGCUCGCGGAACCCCUUCCGGAGAUCGGGCGACGAGCACAAGGCUCCGAUCCUCCCGACGAACGAUCUUCCGGAGAACUUCGACUGGAGGGAGCACGGCGCCGUGACGCCCGUUAAGAACCAGGGUUCCUGCGGUUCUUGCUGGUCGUUUAGUGCAACUGGUGCGUUGGAAGGAGCUAACUUUCUAGCGACUGGCAAACUCGUUAGCCUCAGUGAGCAGCAGCUUGUCGACUGCGACCAUGAGUGUGACGCUUCAGAACCAUCGUCGUGUGACUCAGGAUGCAAUGGUGGACUGAUGACCAGCGCCUUCCAAUAUGCAAUCAAAGCUGGUGGACUUGAGAGAGAGGAAGACUACCCAUACACUGGAACCGAUCGGGGCACGUGCAAGUUUGACAAAAAUAGGAUUGUUGCAACAGUUUCCAAUUAUAGUGUGGUUUCGAUUGAUGAAGAUCAAAUUGCUGCAAAUCUUGUGAAAAAUGGACCACUUGCUGUUGGUAUAAAUGCUGUUUUUAUGCAGACCUACGUCGGUGGUGUUUCCUGCCCAUACAUCUGCGGCAGGCAUUUAGACCACGGAGUGCUGCUUGUGGGGUAUGGUGCGGAGGGAUAUUCUCCUAUCAGGUUUAAACCCAAGCCUUACUGGAUCAUAAAAAAUUCCUGGGGAGAAGGAUGGGGGGAGCAGGGAUACUACAAGAUUUGCAGGGGCCGCAAUGUCUGUGGAGUCGACUCAAUGGUCUCGACUGUGGCAGCUAUUCGGGCUCAUUAGAACCAUGGUCAUCCUGGAAGGUUCGAACUCUAUUAUAUCGUCCAUGUAAAUACCGAUGUAGCUUACUAUCUGUAUUGUCAAGACUGUUGCUUGUCUACUGUCGAAGAAGGGGACCGACCGAAAGGGGACUGUCAUUGACGGGCUUUAUUGUUGGUGGUCCAACUAUACGAACACUAUAUUAGCUUUGAUUUAUGCCUAUACAAACACUAUAUUAAGCUUUAA